GUCUGCUGAUAACGAGGGCUACACUGCGAACUAAAUUAGUGGCUGAGUAGUGUAAACAGAUAAAGUAUGCCCUCAAAACGCAUCAACCAACCAGCCAGCAGUGAACAUCACGUUGUGAUCGGCGCCGUGAGAUGGCGUUGUCGGCUGUGUACCGGACUGCCGUGCGGGCCGCUGAUAGAUAUGUGCCGAACAAGCUGCGUCCCAUCUGGGAACACCCGGCCGGCCCCAAGACUGUCUUUUUCUGGGCACCGGGAUUUAAAUGGUGUCUGGUGAUAGCCGGCCUGGGCGACGUCAACCGGCCGGCCGAGAAGCUGAGCGUCGGCCAGGCGGGCGCGCUCGCCGCCACCGGCAUCAUCUGGUCCCGAUACUCCAUGGUCAUCACGCCAAAGAACUGGAGUCUAUUCAGCGUGAACCUGUUUGUUGCGGCCACCGGUCUGUUCCAGCUGGCCAAGAUAGCUCUUCAUCGCCGCUCUCUGGCCGCGCAGGCCGCCGCCACCUAAUGACCACACAGCAAGUCCUGGCAGAUGAAGCACGUGACCACGGCCGCCUCGGCGCGCGGCCUCGAUUGGGCCGCCCCGAUACUGUGAUGAAUGUGUACCAGCUGACGACUCCGCCCGUCCGCUUUGAUGCUGCUGACCGGAGGUCUGUUUGUGAACAUUUUGCGCCGCUCGCCGGGACGUCCGCGAGUCAGUUAGUUAUGAUGCGGGUCCGCCUGUGUUCCUGACGCUGUACUAGUCUCGCGCUAGUCAGCUGGCGCCGGCGCCGAGCUCAGGGCGAGUCCUGUCGGUCGGCAUCAGCGGCUCUUCUUGUAGGUGUAUGUGUAGGGGUUGAGCGGUGCGGUGUCGCUCGCUGGACCCCCGGGUAGCCUGGAUUGUUAGGUGGUUACGGAAUAAAUAUAAGGGUGAUACACA